UUAUCAUGAAAGCUGAUCAGUACAUUUAUCAGAACAAACUUCCUCCUUCCAACCAGAAGAAACUCUGAGAUUAAUGAAGCUACAUGUCAUCAGAGUUAUUCUGGAUUAAAGACAUUUUCUAAGAAUAAUUUACAUUUUUAAUAAAACUGAGGAGCAGGAUCUAUAUAUAGUUCAGUGUUUUAAAAAUAGUUUUUUUCUUCAUAGUUUUAGAGUAAAUAAGUGAAAACUAGAACUAAAAUGAUCAGAACUACGAUCUUCUUGUUUUUAGUUCUUUUACCUUUUGUGUGGGCUGGUAUUGCAAAAAUGCCUGAGACCAGCAUGUCCUGUGUUCUCAACCAGGACUGCAUUUUACCAUGUCGGAUCAAGAACAGGAUUGAUUCAGUACGUUGGUCGUAUGAAAAUCCACCGUCUGAGAUUGUAAGUUAUGACCAGGGUAACAUCAGAUACUCUGAGAGCUUCAGAUCCAGAGCGUCACUGUUUGAGGAUCAGAUCUCCAGAGGAAACGGCGACCUGCUGCUGAGAGGAGUGAAGGUUGAUGAUGAGGGAGAAUAUAAAUGUAUUCCUGUGAUACCUAGGCAGCCCAGUGAUCUGGAAUUAGGUAGACCUCCCUUAUCUUAUAUAAUUGUUGUUCACCUUGCAGUAGAAGCUCCAGUCUCUGACAUCAGAAUCCAUCAGGAUGGAAACAGGAUCACCUGCAGCUCAGAGGGGAUCUACCCUCAACCUGAACUCACCUGGUCCACUGAGCCUCCAUCCAACACGGCUCUGCAGAACAGAACCACAGUCCAUCAGACUGAGGAGAAGCUUUAUGACAUCAGCAGCUCUCUGACGGUUCCAGACGGUUCUGAUCGGAUCUACAGCUGCACCAUCAGAACCAGCAGGAACCAGAGGAGAGCAACUUUAAAUAUUCCAGCCUCUGUUGAUUUCUCAGGAGCUGAAGUUACAAUCUGCUGCACAUCUUCAGAUUAUUAUGGAACCAGUUUGGUCUGGAGGUUCAACCACAGUCAGAUCAUCCUGACCAAGACUGACAGAAACAUCUCCAACAUCUCAGAGGAGUGGAGGAAACAUGUGAGGAAUGUUUCAGCGUCCGGCAGCCUCACCUUACAGGAUGUGACCUCAGAUCAGGAGGGAGUUUACAGCUGUGAGCUCAGUGGUGAUGAGGAGACGAUUAUAACUCACCUCUAUCUGAAGAGGACUGGAGAGAAUCUGGUGGUUCCUGAACUCAUCAGACGGACGGUGGUUUGUGUUGUGAUUGCAGCAGCAGCAGCUGGAUUCAUAAUGUUCUACAAGAAGAAAAUGGAGGAAAGUGAAGCUCUGCAGCUUUAACCCUUUCAUUCACAUUCAGAGAGUGGUUUUGUUUUAAUGCCAUUCUCACAUUUUACCCGUCAAGAUGAUUCAUGAGCUUUGAUGUAGUUUCACAAAAUGAUCAGCUCUUCAUGUUCUUCAGGUGAUUCUCAUGUUUGGAGACAUUUCUGUUUUUAUUUUUAUGAUGAUUUCAUCUCCUGCCCAGCAGGGGGCGCAGCUAAAUAUAUUCUUUAUAUUCUACCAGCUAAACUUUCUCAGAACUUUAUCAAUAAAAUGUUUAUUUCUAUAGAAAAUGAAUUUUAUUACAAAAAUAGCUGAUAUAUGAGGUUUGAUGUAGUUUAACAAAACAAUUAGUUCUUCAUGUUCUUUUGUUGUUUCUCACAUUUGUAAAUAUUUGUUGUUUUUUUUCCUAAAUGUGAUGAUUUUAUAGUUUCAUCUCCUGCCCAGCAGGGGGCGCAGCUAAAUAUAUUCUUUAUAUUCUACCAGUUUCUCAUAAAUGUAUCAAUAAAAUGUUUAAAUCUGAAGAUUUUUUUUCCAUUGUUUCUUUUGUUACAUAAAUUCUUUGUUCUUCAAUAAACCAACUAAAAAUUAAAA